GUCACGAUUGAGCCAUUCACACACCCGGAAUUGAUGUGAGGAAAAGAUGGUUUUUCAGGCAGGAGAAUCGGGAAGCGAGGAGGAAUUAUUUUCAUGAUCUGUCAAUGGUUCGCCAAAUGGAGAUAGCUGGAUACCAGAGAUUGAGAUUUUAUUAUUCAGAUCUUUUGCCUUUGUCUCUCACCGUAUCGGAAAGAGAUCUUUCCAUUCCAUAACUGCCAAUGAGUCCAAACAAAGAAGAAAACCAUGAGACAGUCGCCGUCUCUCCAGUCAAAGGGAACAACCAACCUGUCGAAGAAGAGGAAGAAGAAAUCGAACUCUUGAUGCCCGAGCCACCCGAUGGGGGCUGGGGGUGGGUCGUCGUCUUUUGUUCUUUUAUGAUCCAUGUGAUCGUGGACGGAGUCACCUACACAUUUGGCAUAUUCUAUCUGGAAUUCUUACGCUAUUUUGGAGAGAGCAAAGGAGCAACGUCUUGGGUCGCGUCUAUUAUGGUGGGAACGACGUUCUGCGUAGGGCCUUUCGCCAGUGGUUUGACAAAUCAGUUUGGCUGUCGGACUGUAACAAUCAUAGGAGCGAUAUUGGCAGCUUUUGGACUCGUAGUGAGCAUCUUGGCACCCAAUAUUACUUUCCUUUACUUCAGUGUAGGGCUGUGUACAGGUACCGGUUUCGGAUUGAUAUAUCUUCCAGCCAUCGUUUGUGUGACGUGCUACUUCGAAAAGAAGCGUGCCUUUGCUACCGGAAUCGCCGUCUGUGGAUCGGGUAUCGGUACGUCCAUUCUGGCACCCCUUGUCGAACUGCUGGUGAAAGAGCUGGGCUGGCGCGGAGCCAUGGUGAUCACCGCUGGCCUCGUUCUCAGUUGCUGCUUCUUCGGGGCUUUCUUCCGGCCCCUAGAGAAGAAGCCUCAGGUGGUGAGAAGAAUGACAAAUGGCUCCAUUGCUGCCACCAGCCCGUCGUUACCAGCGAUCAAAGAUCUGAGAAAAGGAUCACUACCUAAUGGUACCAUCGGGACCAAUGGUGAAAUCUGCCUUGCGCCUCUGAAAGUAGAAAACUUGAAGAUGCAUUCAUCUUCCCUCCUUGGCAUCAACAAUCACUCCAAACAAUCUCCUUUACAUGAGAUCCGCAAUGCCACAUCCAUGACUCUUAGUUGUGGAACAACUUCUUCGAGAAGAUCCUCGCUACAUUUACGUGGUGGUCCUCUCGCUAGAAAGGACAUAUUUUACAGCGGAAACAUUCCACAAAACUCAUCGAAUCUCUACAUGUAUGACGUUAAAGAGGACGUGGAACAAGAAGUAGUCAAUGUAUCAAUGAAAUCACGCAUUAUAAACUGCUUAUGUCCUGCAGUUAUGAUUGAAGCCUUUAGGGAGAUGAUGAAUUUCAAAUUGAUGACUAACAUAAUAUUUCUGAUGUUUGGGUUGUCAAACUUUUUCACAAACAUUGGAUUUAAUGUUCCCUAUGUGUAUACCAAAGAUAGAGCUAUUGGUUUGAAUAUAGCCAACGAAACUUAUGCCAGCUUUUUGAUAUCCAUCAUUGGCAUUGCGAACACCAUUGGUCGUGUUGUGCUAGGAUAUCUUUCUGAUCGCAGCUUCAUUAAUAGGCUCUGGUUGUACAAUGGAAGUCUUGCGCUUUGUGGAUUUGCUACAGCUUUCAGUUCCUUCUGCUUGUCCUAUGAGUGGAUGGCCGUGUAUGCUGCUGUGUUUGGGGCUACAUCAGGCGCAUACGUAAGCUUAACAUCCGUCAUUUUGGUAGAUCUUUUAGGAUUAGAAAAAUUAACCAACGCCUUUGGACUUCUGCUACUUUUUGAAGGCGUAGCUUGUUUAAUUGGACCCCCUAUCACUGGUUGGCUGUACGAUUUCACGGGAUCCUACGAUCCUGGCUUUUAUGCAUCAGGCACUAUGAUUGCAAUUAGCGGACUUAUGCUGUUCUUCAUCCCCUGUGUACAGCGGCUCCUGGAAGAAAGGGAAAAGAAAAAGGAGCGCGUUCCAUCAAUAGACGUAUCUUCAGCAAACGCAGUUUAAAAGACAAUAACCAUAAUAUCUUCCAAGCAAAAAAGAAAGCAGGCUGUUGUGACAAAGAUAUAAGCAUUCCAUAAUCAUAAAUUCAUCCACGUGCUCAUAUUCUUUGUCAAGAAUAAUGCAAGCUAGGAAGCUUGUAUUCUUUCUAAUUUAGAGAGCCCAAAAAGAUUUGGAAAAAUUAUGACCACAGAAGUUUGUAGCAAUUCUUUUUCUCUAAAAAAACAUUUAUUGUAAUGAAACCAUUCAAUCAUUUGAAAUCUAUCAUUGUACUGAAUAUAUCUUUUCUUGCAUUACUAAAAUUAAAUAGCAACUAGUUUUUCCUUCCAUAAAGAUAAAUCUAAUAGUCUGUUAUCAGAACUCAUUUUUCUUAUUUAUCGCCGUGCUUUUUAAAAUUUGUGGGUGAAAUUGUAUGCCAUUAUGGACAAUUUGAAACAUCUUUCUGGAGACAUCAAGUGCAGUGAUUUAAAGGGGUACAUUUAUGACGGGAAGGAAUAUGUACGCAGUAUGAUGUUAAAUGAAAUUUCCUAGUGCCAAAAUUUCAUUUCAGAAAUUCUUGUCUCUCAGGAUUGCAUCUGAAGUUAGAAGUAUGUAUCCCAAGGAUGAAGCUCACUGCUCAAUUUUACUCCUCACAUAUCAUACAUGUGGUGUCCGUUAUAUAAAUCUUAUAUGUACAAUUGCUUAUUUUCAUAUAGAAUAUUGCGUAACAGCGCUCAUACUGAAAGACUGAGAAGACAGCUUUGUUCAAGUGAUUUACUAUAUUGAUCGGCAGGAGAGAAAAGAGUUUUAAGAGGAAUCAUGCUACAGAGCCGAUGCAUAUAACUGCAGUUUAUUCAAUAUUUAUGCCAAGGUGCAAACGAGCAUAUUUCACAUUGAAAUUACAGCUAUGCUCCCGUAUGUACAAAGGUUUUUCUAUACUAGAAUGUUAAAAAGAAUUAAGAAGAAGAACGUCUUUAAAAAAUGUGCCUUUCAUUCAAGAAAUUGUAUUUUCGAAAUCACUGUGUACAAAACAAACAGAGAAUAUACAUUUAAAAAAAUGUCUAUUAUUCAAAUUGAAUAAAUGCUGUUAUUAUUA